CGGGGUGACCUGAAUUCCGAUAUGUUAGGAUUCGCUGAAGGGGUGUUUCUGGUUCUGGUUCUGACUGAAUUUAUUCUUGGAAAUCUGGUGAAUGGUUUCGUUGGGUUGGUCAAUGGCAACCACUGGUUCAAGAACAAGAAAGUUUCUUUGUCUGACUUCAUCAUUGCUAGCUUGGCCCUCUUCAGGGUCAUUCUGCUGUGGAUCAUCUUCAUUGAUAGCCUUAUAAUAGUGUUCUCUUACCACACCCAUGACUCAGGGAUAAUGAUGCAACUUAUCGAUGUUUGCUGGAUAUUUACAAACCACUUCAGUAUUUGGCUUAUCUCUUGUCUCAGUGUUUUCUACUGCCUGAAAAUAGCCAGUUUCUCCCACCCCACAUUCCUCUGGCUCAAAUGGAGAGUUUCCAGAGUGGUUGUUGGGAUGAUGUGGGCUGCACUGCUCUUAUCCUUUGCCUGUACCAUGUCUCUGAUGAAUGAAUUUAAGAUCUAUUCUGUUGUCCGUGGAAGCAGAGACACACCAAAUAUGACAGAGUACAUCAGAUUGAAGAAAAAUGAAUAUGAUCUGGUACAUGUUCUUGGAAACCUGUGGAAUCUUCCUCCCUUAGUUGUUUCCCUGGCUGCCUCCUUUCUGCUCCUUCUCUCUCUAAGGAAGCACACACAACAGAUGCAGCAAUACAGUAUUGGCUCCAGAGAUCAGAGAACUGAGGCUCAUGAAAGAGCCAUCAGAAUCAUCUUCUCCUACCUCUUACUCCUCCUACUCUACUUUCUUUCCAUUCUAAUUUUGGCAUUCAGUCGUUUCCUACCAGCAACUAAGGUUGCCAGGAUAGUUGGUGUAGUGAUUACAAUGUCAUACCUUGUUGGGGACUCGUUUAUACUCAUUCUGUGCAACAACAAACUGAAGCAGAUAUUUAUGGCGAUGCUUCCAUUUGAGUGUGGUCAUCUGAAGCCUAAAUCUAAGGAAGUCUCUGCUUCAUAA